AUGCUACGACGUCCCUUUUUUUUCUCCAGCUCCGUGUGUCGAGAGGUUUCAGCGGUGGUGGUGGUUGCUGUGUUUCCCAGUCUUGUCAGUUUUGAGUCCCUUUUUUGGUGCGUGUGUAAUUCCAGGAAGGGCAGACGCAGAGCUCUGCCCCCCUUUUGCUCUUUUCAGCCAUUACGAGAACAACCGCGUGCCACGUGCGGGCGAAGCAUCCCGGACGGCCAUGAUGAUUUUUUCGAGGCCUAAAUGGGUGCCUAGAGGUUCCAAAUUGUUUCAGAGACCCAACCAAACAUGCCAUGCAGGCUGCUGUGUUGGGGGGUCGAUGGUUGGGCAUUUUAUGUGACUUCGCGCGGAGAUAACUCGUGCGAAAUUCCCUUGCCUUUUUGUGUUAUACGGUACGUUUUUUGCGUUACUUGGCGUGUGCUGUAAGACGAUUGGGUGCACCCCAUUUGAGAGGCACUUGGUUGCUCGAGGGCUUCUCUCUUGCAGACAUUCAUCGCACAGCAGUAUAUGGUAGGCUAUUCGGAUCAGCUACAAACCUGUGGUCGCGAACAAGGUGCCAUAGUAAGAAUGAGCCGGUAGGAACGAGCCGUCUUUGACGGCGGUCUGUUUGUAUGUGCUUUUUUUGUGGUCGGCCAACAAUUUGUGGCACUCAGGAAAUGUUUUUUUCUGUGGAGUACUGAAUACUAUCACACUACUACUAUCGCGAAGCGUGAGCGUGUGCGAGCUAUGCAUCGUCGUGGCGACUUGCGUGGAGGUGGUUUAAAGCUGGGGCGGGGCGGGGCGAGAGCCUUCUCUCGUUCGAGGUACGGGCGGGUCUGGUCGCGCGUACCACAUUAGAAAGCGUUACCGCAUUUUUACCCAAGGGGAGUCCAAUGGGCGUAGGAUUGGCUGAGAGGGGGCGGGGGGGUGCCAGUUCGGAGUAGCGGAUGCCCCGGGUCCUCU